AUGUCUUCAUUGAUUCAGGUCCUUUUCAUAUUUAUUGAAAAUUCUAUAUUUUUUUCAAAUUUAAAUCAGAAUGAUCAAACGCCAUCGGAUCAUCAAAUAACAAAAUAUUUAAACACGCCUUGUUCUGAUUCGAAAUCCUAUGAAAAGCACCAUAGUUUAUCGCCUCAUCAAUCAACAAUAGUUCAAUCAUUAGAUCUAACGAUAGAUGAGUCGAAAAAUUCACCAAAAUCAACAAUCAAAUGUUCUAAUGACAAAAUGAAAGAAGAUUUCUCUCAAAUAACAUUAUUAUCUAAUUCAUUUAGUACAAUUGUGAAUGAUAAGGAGAAUUUGAAUUAUUAUCGUCAGCACACCAAUAAUCAUAAUACAAAGAACAAAUGUAUUGAUUUAACUGAUCAUUAUCAUCAUACACAAGAAAAUGAUCAUUUUUCUAAUUCAAUAGAUAAUACCAUCAUCUCUUGUACAUCAACAUCUCAAUACAUUCAACAAAUUCAAGAAGAUGGUACAGAUACCACUGAUAAAGAGGAAUAUGAAAUUCGUCGUAAACGACGUAAACAAAUGUUACCACAACAGAAUUUUCACUUCACUCCAAUGAUAACUAACAAUAAUAAUAAUAAUAACGAUAGUUUAAUGGAAGUUCAAAACACACCAAACGAAAAUGAACUGACCGCCACAUUUACAGAUUGUGAGUUAUCCGAAAGCGAAAGCUAUCAACCAAAAAUAAGAAAAUUAUCUAAAUUUCCUAUGAAUAACGAUAUGGAACUAGUAGUGGAAGGAGAAAAAUUGAACGAAACAAAAGGAAUAGAACAUGUAGAAAGUAAUAAUGAUGAAAUAGAAGGUAACGUAGACAUUCAAGUAAAAUGUGCCACUGAUGACCACGUGACUAAUAACCAAACUGCUAAAUUAGUUAAUCAAAGUUCAUCUCCCUUGAUUGAUAUGAAUUCAGAAUGUAAUAAAUUAAUUAGUGAAUUAAGUCAAUAUGCUAUAGAAGCGUUUCGUCGUAGUUUAAUCAUUAAAUCAAAUAAAGUACAGGUCAGUUUAGAUAAUGAAGUCAGCAGAAACAAGGGUAGUGAUGAUGAUGACAAUCAUACUAAUAAUAACACAGAAGAAAGAAUUAUUGAACAAACAAUAUUGAAACUUGAACCACAUAUAUCUGAACUGGUUGGCCAAUCAUUAAGAACAAGUAUUGAAACAAUAAAACAAGAAAUGUUAGCUAAUUUAAAAGGUAUCAAUAAUAUGAAUUUCAAUGAAAAUAAUCAUUCAUCUACCAAGAUAUCAUCAAUUAGCAAAAGUCACGACGAUUGUAAGAAAUCAGAAAUUACAAAUGAAGAAGCAUUUAAUGAAAUGCCACAAUUAUUUGAUUGUACAAAUGAUAAUACUAGCAAAUAUGAUACUGGAAUUUUGUCAUCUGAAAAUUUAACUCAAUUAAAUUCUAAUAUUAUUAUUAUACCUAAUUCUCCAGAAGAGAUAAAACAAAAUCAAUCAAUUGAAACUUUACGAACGGAAAACAUUGAUCAUUUAAAUGAAAAUAAUUUUCAACAACAUUUACAUGAUUCAUUCAAUAAAGACAAGAGUUUUUCAAUUGAACAAGUGGAUAACAGCGUAAAUUUAAUAAUCAAGAAACAAAAUUUAUCGCCUUUAAUCAGUUAUCCUAGUGAAAAUUUAAAGAAUUCACAAUUUAAUGAAUCUACAGGAAAUGAUCAAAUUUCAAUAACCAAUAAUCAUUUACCAAAAAAUAUAUUAACCGAUUCACAUGAAUCUUUUACAUCAACCACUUAUAAAACAUUGUUAACAAACGGUCUACUAAGAUUUCCUAAUAAUCAUAAUCAUAAUAACCUCACAGUGGAUUCAAUGAAUCAUAUUGAUAAAGACUGUUCAAUAUGUGAUACACGUCAUCAUGAUUCUAAUAGUUGUACUGAUAUAAUUGAUCUUAAUGGACAAACCAUACAUAAUUUGAAUAGUACAAAAGAGAAAUUUCCACAAGGUCCUUUAUUUUUUUCUGAUCCGAAUGAGAAACAUCAACUGUGCACAGGAAUUUCAUUGAAUAAUGAUUCACCUGUGAUUGAGAAUAAUUCACCUCCAUCGUCCAUCCAACCAACUGAUUAUAUUCAUUCUAUUCAAUCAGCUGAUAUUAAUUCAACUGAAAUUGCUAACCCAUUUAUACUGACCAGUACUACCACUUCAACAUCUUCACCGUGUAAUGCUGUAACAGCAGCAGCUGCUGCUACUGCUCUAGCUAAUGUGUUAAGAUUUCCAAUUCCAUUCGGUUGGCCACCGAAAACAUUAACUGAUCUGCAAGAUACUUAUGGAUUACUACCAAAUCCAUUUUAUCAUUGGCCAUGGAAAUUUCCCAAUUCACCUUGCACAUCAAAAUGUUCUGAUCAGAAUACACUUCUCCAAUCCAGUUCAUUAGUCAAUAAUACUAUGAAUAUUAUUAAGCAACUGAAUAAAGUAAACACCGAGUCAACAUUGAAUUCCUGUCUGGAUUCAAAAUUUAUGCUUAAUGAAGAGAAUAAACAAAGCAGCAUAAUGAUGUUUAACAAUACAACCUCUUUAUUACCACAAGUAAUACCUUCGGAUGAACAGAUCGAAGCUAUACCUUUGGUUGUAAGACAUGACAGAAAGGCAAAUAAAUCCAGUUCAGUUGUGAAUAAUAGCAGUACAAUGUAUAAUAUUUGUUCGGAAAAUUUAACAACUGGUACAACUGUUACAACAACAACGCCCAUAACAACAAAUGGGAGUAAUUUAUUCCAUGGACCAACUAUGAGUCGUAGAAGGCGCACUAAAGUUACUGAUACACGUUUAACUCAUCCACGUGUUUCACGUUAUCCAAACAAUACAACAUUUUCUAAUGGCAUAAUGUCGAAUUCUAUCAAACAUCACCAUCAUAAUCAAUCGAUAUCGCAGCAACAAUCACUUCUUCAGUCGACGUCAGGAAUUAUUGAUUUUGAACAGGCAUUAAAUUUGGUCUCACCAACUUCCACAACUUUUGGGUUGACUGGAAAUCAAUUGCGAACAGAUGACAAAGAAUCCUUACUCGUAAAUCCUAGUCUUUUAUCGAGUAUAAAUCCUGCUAAAUAUCGCAAUACUCUCACUUCUACUAGUACUACUACUAGUAGUAGUAAUCUCAACAAUAUGGGUAAUAUAAAAUUAGAUGAUUUUCAUUCCACCAAGUAUCGAUCGGAAAAUCAAAUUCACAGUAGUGGCAGUAACAACAGCAGUCCAUCACCGAUUUCAUUGCGCCUUUCAGGCAAUUCAAAAGAGUUGAUUGACCAUACCUCAGAUAAUCUCAAAGGAAACUGCCACGGAAAUGUAGAAUCUUCAGAAUCAGCCAAGAAUAUCGAUGGUCAGCUAAACGGAGCGGAUGAAAAGUUACAUUGUUUGGAUAUAAUUCAGGAAUAUAAAUCAUUUGAAAAAAUGUUUACAAAAACAUUCAGAAAUUAUCCAUUAUCGCUAAAAUCAAAUUUACUUAAUAACUUUGGUGCAUUACCUACAGUUAUGAGCACUGUUUCCUCUCCUACAUCAUCCACUUACUCUCCAUCUUUCCCCAAAGAUAUAAACACAUCGUUGACAGUGAGUACUUCAACAUCAUUGUCUGUCACACCUCCAUUCCCUAAUCCAUCUUCUACUGCUUCUGCAUCUAUUACUUCUGCCUGUUCAUCAGUUUGUUCAGAUAUCAAUGAGCGUAGAUAUUCGUCAAAAUUUAAUCAAAUCUGUCUAUUAAAUCCUCGCCUACCUAACUCACUGCCACCUAUUCCUCCAAUAUUUUUCAAUCCAACAGAAGAUAUGCUUAACAAUAAUUUAAAUCUUAUUAAUAGUAAUAGUACUAGUAAUAAUAAUAAUAAUAAUAAUAAUACCAACAAUACAAAUAAAUUUUCCGCUGGUAAUCUUUAUGAUAAUACAAGCAUCCAGGAUGAUGGACAAGAAAGACCACGACAAUCACUUUCAAACUGUUUUGGAGCACAGAAUAAUCUUUAUAACGCUUUUCCACAUCAUUCUUCUGCAUCUAAUGCUCUCCUGUGCAAAUCUCCUACUCCAUAUUCACUGUCGUCUCUAAAAUCACCUCUAUUUCCAUUAUCGCAAUCUUUAACAUCAGUCAAUGAAAGUAUCGAUUGUAACAGUGUCAGUACUAUUGCUAACAAUAACAACAAUAAUCUGGACCAUAAUAUUGAUAAUAUCAUAACAUUUUCUAAUUUACAAAAUAAACAACAUCGUCAACAACAAAAUUUUCCCAAUUUGAAUAAGAAUCAACAUCGUAGUCAUUUGAAUUAUAUAAACAAAUUAUAUGAUAAGCUGAAUAAUACAAGUGACAAUUUAUUAAACAUCAAACUUGAUAAAUCAUUAUUAUUGAAUGAUAAUUUUAAUCAUGAAUCAACCAGUGGUAUGGCAUUAUCGGAAUCAUAUCAAAAUCAACUAAUUAAUUAUUCACAUGAACUACGAAUGACAACAACCUUAACACCAGUACAUUUACGCAAAGCGAAAUUAAUGUUUUUCUAUACACGAUAUCCGAAUUCAACAUUAAUUAAAAUGUAUUUUCCUGAUGUGAAAUUCUAUAAAAAUAAUACAGCUCAAUUAGUUAAAUGGUUUAGUAAUUUUCGGGAAUUUUAUUACAUUCAAAUGGAGAAGUAUGCACGAGUUGCAAUCUCUGAAGGAAUACGUAUGGCCGAUGAAAUUCAUGUAACCAUUGAAUCUGAAAUCUAUAGAGCUUUAAAUUUACACUAUAAUCGUAAUCAACAAUUAGAGGUACCUGAUCACUUCCGUAUUGUGGUUGAAGCGACAUUACGUGAAUUUUUCAAUGCACUUUACACUGGUAAAGAUUCAGAACAAUCAUGGAAGAAGCCAAUUUAUAAAGUUAUAGCUAGAAUGGAUCAACCAGUUCCAGAGUUUUUCAAAAGUCCUAAUUGGAUGGAUCAAUUGGCUGAUGGAUAAGUGAUUAUUUGCUAUUACUUCU